AACGGAAGUAAAAAAAUUCAGGAAUCAAUUGGGAAAAUGGAGUGGGGAAACAGAGUGAUGAGUAUUGCAGGGAGAGCAGCAAACAACAACACAGUCAUCAACGUGCUCUUGGUAGGAUCAUUCGCGGCCUUAACCGUGAGAUCAGUGAACCAACAAAGGAACAUUGAAGCCCUAGAAGCAGAGAAGGAGUCGCUGGUCAAGACCAAUAAAGCCCUCAAGAAGACCGUGUGGGAUUGGAAACAGCAGCUCUUUGCCGAACCACAGCCCGUCCCUCUCGCUAGGCUCAAAGCCAUUUACGGCGAAGCCCCACCUCUUCAAACUGCAGGAGAUGCUGAGAAGGAAGAUUCAAAAUCAUCUGUCCCUAAAUUUAUGGUCUGAACUUGCCUACUGUCAAAUUGAAUUUCUAAUGAGCUAGAGUGCCCAUUAGAUGCCUCAUUUAACCGGCAUUCUGACCAGGAAAUACAUAGGGAUGAGAACUUCUGUACUCUCUGUGUUCAAUUAAUAAAAUUUCAAUUUCUUUGCAAAUUUUUUUAAGGCAAAAUUUAAUUGCAUACUGUAAUUUUUGGAGGACAA